AUGCGCACUUCCAUGCUCAAGGCGACCAAGACCAUCACCAAUAGCAAGGUCAUCGAGGUCAAGGCCGGCCAGACCUUUGACGGUGCCUGGGCCCGCUACGACCGCGGCUCCGGCGCUUGCAACGAGCAGGCCGAGGGCGGCGACGCUGAUGCCGUCUUCCUCCUCCGCAAGGGCGCCACCCUCAAGAACGUCAUCAUUGGCAAGAACCAGGCCGAGGGUGUCCACUGCGAUGGUGCCUGCACGCUCGAGUUCGUCUGGUUCGAGGAUGUCUGCGAGGAUGCCAUCACCGUGAAGAACGAUGCCGCCGGCGACCACACCUGGAUCAUUGGCGGUGGUGCUUACCACGCCUCGGACAAGGUCGUCCAGCACAACGGUUGCGGUACCGUCAACAUUAUCAACUUCUACGCCGAGGACUACGGCAAGCUCUACCGCUCGUGCGGAAACUGCAGCAAGCAGUGCAAGCGCAACGUCUACGUCGAGGGCACCACCACCAAGAACGGCGGCGAGCUCGUCGGCAUCAACUCCAACUACGGCGACACUGCUACCCUCAAGAACGUCUGCACCGACGCCAAGACUCGCUGCCAGAUGUACACUGGAUGCGCCGGUGGCUGCGAGCCCAAGAAGGCUGGUGUCUGCUCUGGUUAA